UCAGUCCCCUCCUCUGACUGAAUUAAACAUUUCAACAUUGAACAGUAGCUUGGCACUCCGGGGAACGCGUGUUAGUAACAGGUUUAGAUUUUAUAUAGAAUAUAUAUACACACAUCAUUUUUUAAUUUUUUAAUUUUUUUUAAAAAGGAGAAAGAAUUUGGGCUGUUUGGUUCCGACCUCUACCCCCUCCCCCCUCCCCCCUGCUUCUCCCCUUUCUCCCGCGCUGUGAACACUUCCUCCCCCCGGGUCGAACCCCCUCAGUAAGCCGGGCUCGCUGCGUCUCCUGUCGGCUGCCGGCGCUCUCUCCCCCCACCCCACCCCCCCCUCCCCCCCACCCCACACUCUUCCUCCGUCUCUCUUUUAUCCCAAGCACUCAGGAUGCGGAGAAGCUCGUUUAGGGUAUUUGUGCAACCGCCCAGGACUCGUUUCCCUCGCCCGGAUCGUUGCUAGUUCGAGGCGAUUAUUCCACAAAGCGCUAACUUUCCUUCGAGCGACACAGGGACGAAAAUGAGUAGGAAAGGGUGCAACCUGGAACUGUUCCUGGUGCUACUGGGGCUGGAGCUUCACGUCUCGCUCUCCUGCCCCCGCCACUGCGUCUGCUACCCGUCGCCGAUGACCAUCACCUGCCAAUCGCACGGGUUCACCACCAUCCCGGAAGGAAUACCGGCCAACAGCGAGAGGAUAUUCCUGCAGAACAACAGGAUCACGCUCCUGCUGAGGAACAACUUCAGCCCAUCCACGGUCACCCUAUGGUUGUACUCGAAUAACAUCACCUUCAUCGACCCCGAGGCCUUCCAGGGCUUCGGCCUCUUGGAAGAGCUUGACCUCGGAGACAAUCGCUACCUGAGGUUCCUGGAUGCCGACACCUUCAGCGGCUUGGAGAAGCUGCACUCCUUGCACCUCUACCGCUGUGGCCUGACCUUCUUGCCCAAUGGGAUUUUCGAAGGACUCCACAACUUACAGUACCUUUAUCUCCAGGAUAACCACAUUGAGUAUCUUCAGGAUGACCUGUUCUUGGAGCUCGUGAACCUGACCCAGCUCUUCCUGCAUGGGAAUAAGUUGUUGAGUUUGUCCCAGAACACCUUCAGAGGGCUGGUGAACCUCGACCGCCUCUUGCUCCACCAGAACAGGCUUCAUUGGGUUAAUAAGCAGGCUUUCCAUGAUCUUCGGAGGCUGACCAUUUUGUAUUUGUUCAAUAACAGCCUGAGUUUACUGCCGGGCGAAUGUUUGGCGGAGCUUGGAUCGUUGCAGUAUCUCCGGCUGAACGGGAAUCCGUGGGAAUGUAGCUGCAAGGCUCGCUCUCUGUGGGAAUGGCUGCUACGGUUCAGAGGGUCGAGCUCCAGCGUGGUCUGCGACUCACCCAGGGAUGUACAGGGCAAGGACCUGAAGGUCCUCUCCGCCCAGCUCUUCAAGAACUGCACAGGCCACGACUCCCUCAACCAGAUCCGGACCAACCCCAAGCAGCACCCUCACCACUCGGGCAAGGACAGGCCGGGAGGGGGUCACCCCUCAAGGGGCAGCAACACCCUGGCCAAGGGGCAGAAUGGCACCGGGCAGCGCGACGAUUCGGCCAAGAACUACCUGGGGGAGGGGGCGCCCAAGGAGCCGGCCGGGGAGCACGCGGACGGGGUGUGGGGCAACGAUUACCUGCCCGACGCCAGCCAGAAGGAGCAGACCCACCGCCCCUACCCCACCCGGCACAAGUCGCGGAUUAAGUGCACCCGCCGCACCCGCUUGGAGCUACCUCCCGGCAUCCAGCAGCCCUCGGGGAGGGCACUGAGGCCAACCUCCGCCCCCGGCUGGCUCACCCUCCUCCUGGCUCUGGUCCUCGUCGUCCGCUGAGACCCCAACCCCCCCACCCCCCCGAGCCUGCUCCCCACCCCAUACCCCCCCACCACCCCUCCCCCCCCAGUCAAUGAGAAAGGCAAAGACAUUCUAACACUGCCAUCGACCCAUAGGGACCAACAACAAAAAAAUCAACAUUAAACGAAAAACAAACAAAAAAAUGUGACGUUUCUUUUUGAAAUUACAACGACUGCUACUGUGGGCUUGGGGAAAUCCGUGGAUUUGUUGGAUGGAGUUCUGUUUUGGAUGAGUGGGGGAAUCCUCAGGAUUAGACAGACGGCCGGCCGACCCGGGGUGCAAAUGAACAGGGGAGCACCCAAGUCUCAAUGGAUGCCACUCCAGCCGCUAGUGUUGUCGAGCCUGCUUGGGAACGUUGUAUCUCCAUCAAGUGACGGCCCAACCUCCCUCCUUACUCCUUCCCGCCUGUGCUCCGUCGACAUUCCCUGCUGAGUCGGCCAGCGUUCCCGGGGGAAAAGGAUUCUAACUCCCGGUCGGCGAGCGGCGGGGACCGUGGUGACGGUGGCAUCCGACUCCGCAAACCCCAGCGACGAGAUACAAGUGGUGUCGCCGACCUCCGACCUCCCAGUGAGGUUACAUUGCUCCCUGCUGAAUAAUAUGCAUAGUAUAAUCGCUAAGGAUGAUCAUCAGAACUUGAUUCAUCCAGGUACCAAAAACUGGAGGCCAGAUAAUUGUAUGAAAAAAAAUUCCCAAUGGAAUAUUUUUUUUAAGUGUCAACCGAUCAUUUGCUCAAUGCACAGCCCUUAUAUAAUUGAGAUAUAUUAAUUUCUGGAAGUAUAUGUUUACAGAUUAUAUUGUCACCCUGUUACAGUUUAUGCUAAGGUAUUUCUUUCUGUGUUGGAGAAUUAGUGGAUGGUUUUUACACGAGUUCCGGAUUGGGAUGCAAGAGUCUACCCUGCUCUGCUCUGACUGGCAGCACCCCCUGCUCUGUCUCUUGCUUGGGGUUAUUAUGGCCACUGCCAGGAGCCAACACUGAACGGCGCGACCUUCAAAGCUGCCGAACAUGAGCCGCAAAGUGGGCUAGGCUGGGUUACAAUGGGCCAAAUGGUCUUGGAGUGCCGCACACAUCCACGAUCUCAAGGAAACAACCUUCGUGCUCUGGAUGUGUCUCGAUUGGACGAGGAAACUAAAUCUUCUCUACUUGAGUUAUUUUUUCUGUAUUAAAUAUUAAAUUUGUUGUACCUGAA